AAUUCCCUUUGGCUGCCUCUGCCCUGUAUCUGCCUCCUUGCCGGGGCGAAACGCCCUGAGCCCGUCCCCGUCCCUGGGCCGGGACGCGGCGGGAGGCGGGCGAGAGCAUCAAUCCUGGAGUGAGGCCAGGCAGGAGAUAAGCGCAGAGCAGCCCCGCUCCGUCCCGCGCCGCUCCCAUGCUCGUCCGCGCUGCACCCAAGCCCGGCACCCUGCGGGGAUGGGCCCCGGCCCUGUCCCGCUGGGCUGGGGGGGCCGCCACCCCCGCCGUGCCCACCCCUCGCCCCUUCAACCAGCUGCCCGGGGACUGGAGGGCCGGCUGGCUCAACCUCUACCGCUUCUGGCAGGAGGGCGGCUUGCACAACCUGCACCACAUCAUGGCUCGCAAGUUCCAGCAGUUCGGGCCCAUUUACAGGGAGAAGCUGGGUAUCUAUGAGAGCGUGAACAUCAUCACCCCCCGGGAUGCUGCCACCCUCUUCCAGGCGGAGGGGACGCUGCCGGAGCGCUUCAGCGUGCCCCCAUGGGUGGCUUACCGCGACUACCGCAACAAGCCCUAUGGCGUGCUCCUCAAGACAGGGGAAGCCUGGCGCUCGGACCGGCUGAUGCUCAACAAGGAGGUGCUGUCGCCGCAGGUGGUGGAGGGGUUCGUGCCUCUGCUGAGCCAGGUGGGAGACGACUUCAUCCGGCGGGCACGAGCGCAGGUUGGGAAGAGCGGCCGGGAAUACUGGACGGCAGACUUUACCCAUGAGCUCUUCCGCUUCGCCCUGGAGUCCGUGUGCCAUGUGCUGUACGGGGAGCGCCUGGGGCUGCUGCAGGACUUCGUGGACCCCGAGGCGCAGCGCUUCAUCGACGCCGUGGCCCUCAUGUUCCACACCACAUCCCCCAUGCUCUACCUGCCGCCCGCCCUCCUGCGCCACCUCAACGCCAAGACGUGGAGGGACCACGUGUGGGCCUGGGAUGCCAUCUUCUCCCAGGCGGACAAAUGCAUUCACAACGUGUACCGGGACCUGCGCCUGCAGCGCAAGAGCACCACGGAGUACAUGGGCAUCCUCUGCAGCCUCAUCCUGCAGGACAAGCUGCCCCUGGACGACAUCAAGGCCAGCGUCACCGAGAUGAUGGCGGGCGGCGUGGACACGACCUCCAUGACGCUGCAAUGGGCCAUGUUCGAGCUGGCGCGGGCCCCGGCGGUGCAGGAGCAGCUGCGGGCAGAGGUCCUGGCUGCCAAGCGGGAGGCGGCGGGGGACAGGGUGAAGAUGCUCAAGAGCAUCCGGCUGCUCAAAGCGGCCGUCAAGGAGACGCUCAGGCUGCACCCCGUGGCGGUGACCCUGCAGCGCUACACCACGCAGGAGGUCAUCCUCCAGGACUACCGCAUCCCUCCCAAGACGCUGGUGCAGGUCGGUCUCUACGCCAUGGGCCGGGACCCCGAGGUGUUCCCGAAGCCGGAGCAGUUCAUCCCGCAGCGCUGGCUGGGGGCUGACCCCAAGCACUUCAAGGGGCUGGGCUUUGGUUUCGGCCCCCGGCAGUGCCUGGGCCGCCGGAUCGCGGAGCUGGAGAUGCAGAUCUUCCUCAUGCAGCUCCUGGAGAACUUCAAGAUCGAGACCAUGCGAGCAGUGGAAGUCGGGACCAAGUUCGACCUCAUCCUGAUCCCGGACAAACCCAUCUACUUGACCUUGCGGCCGCUCGAGUCCCUGCUGUGAGGAGCUGGAUCCUGGCAGCAUCCGUUUCACCUCCUCCCAGCCUGACUCCAGCCCAGCGCCGGGGCUCGGGGGACGGCUGGGACGCGUUCACGGCCACAGCCUUGGCUGCUGCAUCCCUGCCUUCGCUCCAGCGCGCUCAAGGCUGUGCUUACGCCAAUGGGGGAGAUAAACCAGAGCAACCCCAACCCUGCUGC